AUGGGAUUUAGAUAUAGACGCUAUGCGCUGUUACAAUUAUCCAAAGCAAACCCCGCCACUUUAAACAUUUUUGCUACUCGUCCAAAUCCGAAAAAGAAACGAAAAUCACGAACAGCUUUCACAAAUCAUCAAAUUUUCGAACUCGAAAAGCGUUUUCUCUACCAAAAGUAUUUAUCACCGGCGGAUCGUGAUGAAAUUGCAGCAGGACUAGGGCUAUCCAAUGCACAGGUGAUCACUUGGUUCCAAAAUAGACGCGCCAAACUGAAACGGGACAUGGAGGAGCUCAAAAAGGAUGUUGAAAGUGUGAAACAAUUACAAGACCAGUCAGCAGACAUCAGCAGCCGCAGCCAUAUACGCAGCCAAUACAUCCAACGGCACACACCAUCCUCCCAUGUAUUGGUAUUGAACACCGCAGCAGCAGCAGCAGCCGCGGCACACCAGAAGUCAUCCUUAGCUACAAUGGCAGCAACAGCAGUAGCAGAGGAUAAGAAGGAGCUGAAGAUGUUGAAAAUGAUGACACUGAUGUACUACAGCGGAAUGGACGUUGUGGGGAAAGCCUCGAGCGGCACUGUAAUCUGAAACGACGACGAGUUCCACAUAAUAUAGAAUUUUGCUUCAAACUUCUUUAUUAGCCCAAUUUUAUGUUUAAGGUUGAAUGAACUUUGUUUCUCAAACUCGUAUACAAAAUUCAGUUAACGUUCUAGGGUUAAUAAUGUCCUAUUAAUAUAAGCCGAAUGAGAAGUGCACGUGUACUUAAGCCUAACUUAUUUAUAAUGAAAUAUGCCAAAAAAGUUAA